CCGAACUUCACUCGACCCACACCAGCAGCAAGCGACAACGAAGAAGAUGGAUGAGGGUGACUGGGUGUCUUGGUGGCGGGCGAUGUUUGGGCUUGGGGGAGAGCUCAUCGUGUUCCUGUACAUGCCAGGCCUCUUGCUGUGGGCCAUUCUCCUUGGACUAAAGGUUGACGGGUAUUUGGAAACAUCGUGGUGGAAUGUGACCAUCCCCAUGUUCUUGGCGACGGGCGUGACGGCGUACACCCUGCUGGUGGCUGCUGCGCGAAUGUGGCGCGCACGCGGCAAGCGCUUUGCGCGUGGGAAAGGCCUCUUUGCGUUCGCACAGCUGUGCAACUUGCUCGUGUUUGUCUUCUUUGUCAGGCUCUGCGUGCACUUGGAGGACGGGUCGGACGGCUAUGGCGCCCCGGCCGCGCCCUUGAUCACGCUGGCUGCAUGUUGUGCCGCAAGGUUAUUCAUUCGAUGACAACAACAGGCAACAGAUGCACCGCAGACGCCUUGGUUACCUGUGCGAUUGUGUAUGUAUAUAUGUGGGCUCCAUUGACCGCUUGUCACAAGUUAAUUGAUGCGAGAGAAGCUGGCUUGCCGUUAUAUUUGCUCGAUGAUGAUGAUGAUGAUGAUGAUGAU